CAGGGUCACCAGCACCGAGGAGUACCCCCACCUGAAGCCCGCCCGCUACCGCAGGGGCUUCAUCCACAACAACAUCAUGGUGCUGCCUCGCCAGACUUGCGGUCUCUUCACACACACCAUCUACUACAAGGAGUACCCCGGGGGGUCUAAAGAGCUGGACAAGAGCAUAAGAGGAGGGGAGCUGUUCCUCACCGUACUCCUCAACCCUGUCAGCAUCUUCAUGACCCACCUGUCCAACUACGGUAACGACCGGCUUGGCCUGUACACCUUCGUCCACCUGGCCUCCUUCCUGCGCUCCUGGACCACCCUGCAGCUGCACACCCUGCCCCCCCUGCAGCUCGCACACAGAUACUUCCAGCUCUUCCCCGACCAGAAGCCCCCCCUCUGGCAGAACCCGUGUGACGACAAGAGACACAAGGACAUCUGGUCCAAGGAGAAGACCUGUGACAGACUACCCCGCUUCCUGGUGAUAGGACCCCAGAAGACAGGGACCACAGCGCUGUACCUGUUCCUGCUGAUGCAUCCGUCCAUCUCCAGCAACCUGCCCAGCCCACAAACCUACGAAGAGGUCCAGUUCUUCAACACCAACAGCUACCACAAAGGGAUCGACUGGUACAUGGAAUUUUUCCCGGUGCCAUCCAACACCACCACAGACUUCCUGUUUGAGAAGAGCGCCAACUACUUCCCGUCGGAGGAUAGUCCGCGCCGCGCAGCCGCCCUGCUGCCCAAAGCCAAGAUCAUCACCCUGCUGAUCAACCCCUCAGACAGGGCCUACAGCUGGUACCAGCACCAGCGGGCUCACGAGGACCACGCCGCCCUGCGCUUCAACUUCUAUGACGUCAUCACCGCGCGACGGGGCGCGCCGGCCGAGCUCCGGUCGCUGCAGAACCGCUGCCUCACGCCCGGCCUGUACGCCACGCACAUGGAGCGCUGGCUCACCCACUACCCCGCCAGCCAGCUCCUGAUCAUCGACGGCCAGCAGCUGAGGAGUGACCCGGUGGCGGUGAUGGAUGAGGUGCAGAAGUUCCUGGGCAUCGCCCCUCACUUUAACUACUCCCAGGCCCUCACGUUCGACCCUCAGAAGGGCUUCUGGUGUCAACUGCUGGAAGGAGGGAGGACAAAGUGUUUGGGCAAGAGCAAAGGGAGGAAGUACCCGCCUAUGGAACCCGAGGCGCGGGUCUACCUGUCCAGGCACUACAGGGAGCACAACAUUGAGCUGUCAAAGCUCCUGCACCGCCUUGGACAGCCCCUCCCCUCCUGGCUGAGGGAAGAGCUGCAGAAGAUAACCUUUGAACCAGGAAGUGAUCGCUGACGGCGGGAGGCAGAGUGCGGAGGAGGCGUGGGCUGAGGGGGAUACAGAAGUGUGACUGUACUUCCUGUCGGCCUACAGCAGUCACCUUGGAGCUGGAAGCACCCAGCAACCAGGAUGUUCACCCGGGGGGGGGGGGGGGGGGGGG